AUUCUGAUUCGAAAAGAAAAUACCAACAUCAUCAUUAUUCUAUCCAAUCAAAAUAUUCUGGGGUGAUUUAAGCGAGUGCGAUUUGUCAACACCGUUCAUCAAUGCACCAGACUGUACCUUUUUUUUUCCUUCCCACACGACGCAAUAAAUAAAGAGAAUGAACCUUGGAGAUAAAAGCACUAAUGAGAUCCUUUUUUUAAACUUCAAUCAAGACUUUAGCUGUAUAUCAGUCGGAACUGAAAGAGGCUAUAGGAUAUACAACUGUGAUCCCUUUGGAAAAUGUUAUUCAAAACAAUCAGGAGGAACAGGUAUUGUAGAAAUGCUUUUUUGUACUUCACUUGUUGCCUUGGUAGGCGCUGGUGAAUGUCCUGCUCUCUCACCAAGACAACUACAGAUUAUAAAUACAAAAAGGCAAACAACUAUCUGUGAAUUAUCUUUUCCUACUGCUAUCCUGGCUGUAAAGAUGAACAGGAGGAGACUGAUUGUAGUAUUGGAAGAGCAGAUCUUUCUAUAUGAUAUCAGCAACAUGAAACUGCUUCAUACCAUCGAGACCAACCCCAAUCCAAAUGCCAUCUGUGCCUUAUCGCCUUCUAGUGAAAACUGCUUUAUUGCUUAUCCUGCACGUUCUUCUACUUCACCUUUUUCUCCAACUAGCCAAUCUUCCAACACGCUCUAUGUAUCUGGAGAUGUAGAGUUGUUUGACGCUCUUGGUCCACAAACGACAAACAUUGUUCAAGCACACAAGAGUCCUGUCAGCUGUCUGUCAAUGAACUCUGAGGGUACUUUACUUGCUACAGCAAGUGAAAAGGGAACCGUGAUUAGAAUAUUUUCGACACUGGAUGCAACCAAAGUUUAUCAGUUCAGACGAGGAUCGUAUCCUGCAAAAAUUUAUUCCAUGUCAUUUAACCUAGUCAGUUCUCUUUUAUGUGUUUCCAGUGACACAGAAACUGUCCAUAUCUUCAAGUUGGCGGCAAACGGAAACAGUCCCGGCGCGGUUCAUAAUCAUGUAUCAUAUGAGAAGGAAUUACAAGAGAAAGAAGUGAAUGGAAGAGGUUCUAGUGUUGGUCAAAUGCUUCGACGUUCUUCUAUGCACUUGGGUCGUAAUUUAGCUGGAAGUGUUGGAUCUUAUUUACCCGAUGUUAUCACCGAGAUGUGGGAGCCUACUCGAGAUUUUGCUCAACUCAAGUUACCAAGUGCGGGUAUAAGAAGUUUAGUGGCAUUAAGCAGUACUACGCCACAAGUCAUGGUUGUCACAUCCGAGGGUUACUUUUAUCAAUACAAUAUUGACUUGGAGAAUGGUGGUGAAUGUGUCUUACUCAAACAAUACAGCUUGCUGGAAUCUUCUGAUGAUAAUGUUUGUUCUGAAUAAUAAUAAAAACGUCUGCAGUUAUUCGCGCACAAGAUCAACAACUCUAAUGAUUUUGAUCAUCAGUCCUUUAUUAUUAAAAAGACAAUGAGUUCUGUCUCUUUGAGAGACA